GUGAGCUCAUAUCGAACGCACGGAAUGAACCGAUCCAAUAUCAGUAUGUCACUUGAAAUGCGUCGACUCGGUUCGGUCGUUCGUGGUGUCGCUAUCGUCGUUCGGUAAAAGUCGAAAAAGUUGCACAUGAAGUUUAUCCUUCCGCUAAUCAUUGAGCCACCGACUUUAUCUUAAAACAGUUUUUAUCUAAAUCAAAAGAAAACAAUAAUUCCUUCACCUUUCCCGGACGGUGUUGUCAGAUAUAUUUCCGAUUGUGCCGGGCUCAUCACGUCCGGAAGGAAGAAAAAAAAAUCGUUUCGAUCCAAGUUGGCAGUGAGUCGGAUAAACCAGCAAGCAAGAGAUAGAAAGCAGCAGCAUCUACGGAAAGGUGGCGUGUUGUCGGAAAUAUUGUGUGAGUGUUGCGAGGUAUUGAUGAUCCCUCUUAGUGCUGAAUAGGUAUUGUUGAGGUGUCCCGAGUGCGUGUGUCGGUUUAUGUCCAUUGUGUGACCAUUGUGGACCACUUCGGUAAGCAGCUAGCAGCAGCUAGACCAAUUCGUCGUGUUUCUGUUGGUUGUUGCUAUUGCAAGUGCCAGUGCGCGGCAGUGUAGUGGUGUAUUGUUUUCAGCUCCCCUGGGCCGGACGGGGGGACAACUUCGGGCGGUCGAUCGGUGUGUGUUCACUAUUCCGAAGGUUUUUUUUUUCGCCCCGGCAAAAGAUAAAAUUGACGUAACAUCGUUGCAGCGAUCGUUUUUCGUGUUGGUGGUUAAGUAGCAUAUCGGUAUCGGUGCCAGUGUAUUAUUUAACCUCAAAGUGUGCAAUAUUUGCAGUUCUGCCUGCAGUUAAAAAUCAAAACAAAUCGAUCCGGUGUUCUGAUGCAGUAGUGGCCCUUCGUAAUGUUUGACCACCGUAGAGCAUAAAGUCGUCGCGUAAGUUUAGUGUUGGUGAAUCGAAGUGUUAAAAGCGUGUGUGUUCAAAGUUGAAAAUGCGUAAAACCAUGACCCUGUCACUACGUUUGCUAGUGCUCGGGGCACUGUGCUUGACUUAUGUUGGCCCACUGGUCAGGGCCAACAAACUGGGUAAGCUGGCUGCGUCUGAUGAUCCGGCCACGCUAAAGGAGGAUACUCUCCAGAGCAACAUGCUACCCGAGGAGGAACCGAUGCAUGCGACCAAAGGACCUAAGACUUCGGCCAACAAACCGGCCGCGUCUUCGGUUAGCAAGGGAACGACACCGUUGAUGAAAGGAUCCGGAAAUGAAUUGAACACCACCCUGCAGUGCACGGAGCGCCAGUUCCACUGCAACGACGGUCAGUGCAUCCACGCCAGUUUCAUCUGCGAUGGCGAAGCGGACUGUGCCGACGGAAGCGACGAGGAUCCACGGGAGUGCAAAAUUACAGAAACCAACUGCUCGGAUGACAAAUUUCGGUGCAAGAGUGGCCGCUGCAUCCCGAAGCACUGGCAGUGCGACGGGGAAAAGGACUGCACCGACGGUUCCGACGAGGAUUCGGAAAAGUGUCAGAGCAAGGUUUGUUCGUCGGAGGAGUUCACCUGCCGCAGCGGAACCGGCACUUGCAUUCCGCUGGCGUGGAUGUGCGACCAGAAUCGGGACUGCCCGGACGGAUCGGAUGAGAUAUCGUGCAAUGAAACGUGCCGCUCGGACGAGUUUACCUGUGCCAACGGACGGUGCAUUCAGAAACGGUGGCAGUGCGAUCGGGAUGACGACUGCGGUGAUAACAGCGACGAAAAAGGAUGCCAGGCGGCGACCUGCGAUCCGUUGAAACAAUUUGCCUGCUCGGAAAACUACUGCAUCACGGCCAAGUGGCGCUGCGACGGCGAACCGGACUGCCCGGAUGGAUCGGACGAACGGGGCUGCACCAAUCCAACACCGCCCACGGUGAAUCCGUGUCUUUCGCUGGAAUAUCAAUGUAACGAUCGGAUAACGUGCAUCCACAAGAGCUGGAUUUGUGACGGCGAGAAGGACUGUCCCCAGGGAGAUGACGAAAUGCCACCGAUCUGUCAGAACGUGACCUGCCGGGCGGAUCAGUUCCAGUGCAAAAAGGACAAAACCUGCAUCAACGGACGUUUCCAUUGCAACGGAAAACCGGACUGUUCCGAUGGAAGCGAUGAGUUGGAGUGUGUUGAUCGACCGGUAGUUAAAUGUGAUCCGAAAACCGAGUUCGACUGCGGUGGUGGAAUGUGUAUUCCCCUGUCGAAGGUGUGCGAUAAGAAGGGAGACUGUCCGGAAUUCCAGGAUGAACCGACCGACAAGUGCGGUAAAAACGAAUGCCUGCAGAACAACGGUGGAUGUUCGCACUUGUGUGUGGAUACACCGGCCGGAUACUACUGCGAUUGUAAGCCUGGGUUCAAACUGGUAAAUAACCGUACCUGCGAAGACAUCGACGAAUGUCAGGAGGCCGGAUCGUGCUCUCAGAUGUGUACCAACGAGAUCGGAACGUUCAAGUGCGAGUGUAUGGCCGGUUACCUACGAGAUCCCCGGGAUCACACCAAAUGUAAGGCAACCGAGGGACACGCGUCGCUGUUGUUUGCUAGACGACACGACAUUCGGAAAAUUUCACUCGAUCACCGCGAGAUGACGUCGAUCGUGAACGAUACCAAGUCGGCUACGGCACUGGAUUUCGUAUUCCGCACGGGGAUGAUCUACUGGAGCGAUGUAUCCGAGCAGCGGGUUUACAAGGCUCCCAUCGACGAAGGUUCCGACAAAACGGUGGUGGUGAAAGAUCAAACCGUUACUUCGGACGGACUGGCCGUGGAUUGGAUCUACAAUCACAUCUACUUUACCGACAUCAAAAAGUCAACUAUCGAACUGACAAACUUCGAUGGCAACAUGGGAAAGAUUUUGGUCAAGGACGAUCUGGAAAUUCCGCGAGCGAUCGCGUUGGAUCCAAUCGAUGGAUGGAUGUAUUGGACUGAUUGGGGAACCAGCCCUCGAAUCGAACGUGCUGGCAUGGAUGGAACUCACCGUCAGGUUAUCGUGAACUACGAAGUCAAAUGGCCCAACGGAAUUACACUGGAUCUGGUUCGGAAACGUGUCUAUUGGGUUGAUGCCAAGUUGAAUGUUAUUUCGUCAUGCAAUUACGAUGGAACACAGCGCACGGUUGUUCUCUAUUCGGCGGAUUAUCUGCGACACCCGUUCUCGAUCACGACCUUCGAAGAUUAUGUGUACUGGACGGAUUGGGACAAAGAAUCGGUAUUCAAGGCUAACAAAUUCAACGGAAAAGAUAUUGAACCCGUAACGGCCAUGCACAUGCUGCAGCACCCGAUGACCAUUCACGUGUAUCAUCCGUACCGUCAACCGGACGGAACUAACCACUGUCAGGCGGUAAACGGGCACUGUUCACAUCUCUGUUUGCCGGCACCGCAAAUCAACAGUCGAAGUCCGAAAAUAUCAUGUGCGUGCCCUACCGGUCUGAAGCUAAUGGACGAUGGACUCAUGUGUGUGGAAGACGCGAGUGCAACCACGAGGGGUCCACCAACGCAUGCCAUCCCUCAGAAGCCCGGAACGAACGCAACCAAAGACAACAAACAAAUCGAACAUCACUCCAGUAAUAUUUACGAUAGCGGCAAGGAUAUUCUAGCCUCCUCGACGGUACGCCCGUCCGCGUCGUCUUCAUCGUCGUCGUCCUCCUCUUCCUCCUCUUCAUCGUCUUCCCUUCCCAGUGGGACGACGCACGGAACCACGAACUCGCCUGCUAUCAUCUCAUCGCCGCACGCUACGUUGGCUAACAGUUUGCACUUCGCGGCCAUUUGCAACAAUCUAACCAAAAUCGGGACCCUGUUGGCCGAUCUCAAGUCGAUCCAAACGGUCAACAAGGCCCUACUGCAUCGAUCGUAUUUCAAUCGGCGCAAUCCCUGGCAAACGACGCCAACUCCGCCACCGCAAACUACUCGUGGACCUCCGCCGCCUCCACGUGACGACGCUACGACGACGACGACAACCGAACAACCCACGGAUACUACGCUAGGGCCGGACACUUACCAACAAGACCAACUGACCGAGUACCGAUACUGGGAAUUCCGGCGUCGGUUCAACAUGCUGGAAACGUUGUUCAUGCACCGGGUGGACGACAUCGGCGGACCGGACGGUGGUAAUCGGGACAUCUACGGUAACGAACUGCAGGCGUCCUACGAGUAUGUGCGGUGGCUCUGCCGGAAGUAUCAAGCUACGAUGCGAAACGGUACCGACGGAACCAUCAUCCAGCCGGGUGUGGUGGAGAACGAUUCCGGACUGGUGGCAGGAAUUGCAAUCGCCGUCAUCGCGAUCAUUGUCAUUGCCGGCUUCGGGGUUAUCUACAUUGUCUACCGGCACCACGUGCACCGGAAUUCGACCUCGAUGAACUUUGACAAUCCGGUCUAUCGGAAGACCACGGAGGACCAGUUCAGUCUGGAGAAGAACCUGCCGAACCGCAUGUACCCCAGCACGGUGGGUGAAGAGGCCCAAGAACCGCUGAACAGACCAGCCACCAACGACUUUGUUUAGUCGUGAUGAACAACCGAUGAAUAAAAAAAACAGAAAUUUAAAAGUGAACAAAUCAGUCAACAACAACAACUAUUACUACUACAACAGCCACCACCAAAUCGAGAGAAAGACUUACGUAUUUCUUCAUCGUAAAACAGAACAAAACAAAGCAAAAGAAACAAACAACUAAACCCAAGAUACACAACCCGAACCUAACUUUCGUAAAGUGACAUCGAUUCGAUAUGGCGUUGGAAACUAAGCAGCUUAAGUCAGUCCCAUUCACACACACACACAAAAAAACAACUGCAUGCAUUACUUAAUAUGAAUGGCAAACUAGAUUGAAAUUUGACUAAGCGAGGCAGCUGAAGUUAGACUUAAUUAUAGAGUAGGCAGUGAACAGCCUCUAGUAGGCCUUGCUGGUGGAGUGUUAAAUUAUGUUUUAUUCGACACAGUUUUUUUCUUUUCUUUCGUUUAGGUCUUAUGAUGUAAUAGCUAGUUUUUUCUAUUGUUUUAUUCUAGUAGCAUGAACCCUUGUGUAUUUUCGUAGACUAGUUAUGUAUCUUAUAGGUGGAAAGAUGUUAGUGAUUUCCAUGUCUGAGCCAGGUCUAGACGUUUACGGUUGAACCGAACCUGUUCUGUUUUUUUCCCUCUUCCUUUUUGUUUUGUUUCUUGGUUGGCACUUUUAGAAAAUCUUGUGUGAGCUGUAUCGAAUCAGUAUGCCCCCCUUCCCUUCGUAACAUACAGAAAGCACAAACGAUCAGAUAUACCCCCCCCCCCUCCAAUUGCAUCUCCAUUUUCCUACUGUUCAAUCGGUUGCAGCAGAGAAGACAGACUCCCCAAGGAGAAAAGCUUAGGUCAAGCAACGUCAAAUUUAUUGUAAAAAAAUAAAAGAUGAAUAUUAGCAGAAAAAGAAAAUGUUUAAUUAGACUAGCCUAGCAGAUACAACGCAGUGGUGUAGAUAUUAUUUUGUUCCAUUUUCAAAGGAAGGAAAUCGUUAAAUGAAUAAAAUAAAAAAAUAAAAAAGAACAAAAAAAAAAGUAAUCCAGCGAAAUCAUUGAUAAUCUGUCAUUUUAGUAGAUAAAUUUUAAAUCACAUUCAACUAGCGAUAGUCGUUGAUCGCAGUUCAGUAGCACAACUAGUUAAGUUAAAAUGAGUAACACCCAAGUAAAUUUUGUACGAGUUCGUAGAGCAAAGCAUCGCGCAUCACCCCGGUUAAGUUUAAUCAAAGCAAGCGUUGCUUUCAUCGUUUUGACAUGCCAAUUAACGUAAAACAAAAAAAAACAAUACUUCCAAACAGAAGCCUACUUUGUUCCACCUCACACUUUCGAAGUGUUUGACCAGCACCGAAGAAUUAUUUCGAUUGUUUUCCGCAAUCGUGUUAUGCUCAACGAAAAGAAGUUAUUGCUCAAAAUAUUUACCCCUAGCAGCAAGUGUUUUUCCGUCGUUCCAUCACAAAUAGACGAUUAUACUUAGAGACAGUUAUUACACACUCUAACAGGCACAAAGUCCCUCUGAAUAAUUCUCUUGCCAAAUUUAGCAACUAGAAAAAACCUUAGCCAAUUUUAUUGACUUCUGUUAAUCUAAGGCAAAUAUAAACGAAUUUCUUUCCUUCCAAACAAAAACAAAAAAAAAAAAAGAAAUACAAAAAAGAAUUAAGGUAAAAUAAACUCUUUUUAGAAGUAUUUUAAGCAGGUAAAAUCGAGCGAAAACUAUCCCAUCCUACUUAAAAAUGAAAAUUCCUGCCAAAUGCGAGUUAAGAAUAACAGAUGAAAGUGAAAUAUUUAAAUAAACUCAAACAAAAAAACCUGCUCGAAUAACACUAAAACAAAAAAUAAACAAUCGUUGGAUGUGAACGCUCUGGCUACUUACGUACGUACGAAAGGCGAAGGUCUUGAAGGUGUUUGAAUAGGCCCAACUAUGGAGGGCAAACAUUUCCUACAGUUUCGUUGUUUUUGGUGGAAGAGAGAAGCUAUACUCAAAUACAAAUUCAUACUACCAUACAUCAGCAAACAAUUUGACGUUAGCAUCACUCAUCAUAAUACAACACACACCCACAAGCAACUAACUGAGACAGGAGUACUUCAAAAGCAAAAGCAUCUUUUUGAUAUUUUGUACAUACCAAGGACUUGUACCAAAUGAGAUCGAAAGCAAAAACAAAAACCUUCACAGUCGAGUACUCUUUCAAAAUAAAAAAGAAACAAACACAAGUAAAAUUAAUGAAACUAAUUAUAUAAACUAACAAAGGGCAAACCUCCCCCCCAUCAAACCGGUCGGUUAUAGUUUUAAGCAGUGUCCCACAGAAAUGACAGAAAUAACAUCUCAUAACCGGUCUGCGCAAGGCGACACAAAGACCGGCGACGGCUGGCAAAGGUCUAACCUUAACAGUCAACUAGAAUGCAAGAAAAACAACAAACAAACAACUACAACUACAACAAUGACAUGGAACUGAUUGUUUUUUUGUACAUACAUGAUGACGGUGGGUACGACACAUAAACUGAGAGAUUAAAUUGAAAAAACAAGGGAAGAAACAAAAAACAGUGAACGUCAGAUGCUAAACAUAAACAAGUAAAUAAAGAGGAAACGUAAUGUACUGUAACGAA